AUGUUCAAGAAGCUGUCGGAGCGCUUCCCCGUUGCCGCGACGCGACUCGAGGCCUACGCUGGCGUCGGCAACCACGAGCCUAGCGCUACCGAUACGGGCACGUCCCUUUCUAUACCACAACAAGGAGGAGAAGACAACGAAGCGUCCGACGCUCCAGUCGAAGCGCCGCUUCUAUUCGGGGAAGAACCGAGCAGGAGUGAUGGUCCUGUACGUCCCCCUCAACGAGCAACUCUAAGGGACCGCUUGAACCCCGAGUCGGUCUCGGCCGCUGCAGCGAGCAUGAUGGGGCUACUAAAAAAAGCACAAGUUGUCGCCACGACAGCGGCAAAGGAAGGCGCCGUGAAGGCCCGUCAAGCCCUCGAUGCCGCCGAUAUGGACGCGCUCCAGCGUCGACUGAGCUACGCGCUGGACCGGUCGACCGGCGACGUGGACCUGGCGCUGCUGAACUUUUCGUACAUAACCGAGCACAUUGUAGCCAUGGGGUUUCCCCACAUGAACAGGGAGACGACCCGCACGCUGCUGAGCGACAAUCCCAUUGACUUGGUCGCCAUGUACCUCAAUGGGAGCCAUCAGGGGCAGUACAUGAUCUGGAACUUGAGUGAAGAGACGUACGACAACUCGUACUUUGACAACCAAGUGCUCGAGUUCAAGUUCCCAGGCCACCCCGCGCCGCCACUGGGGCUGGCGUUCAAGAUCUGCUCCUCGAUUGAAAGCUGGCUUGAAGCUGAUGCCAAGAACGUUGCAGUGGUGCACUGUCUCACGGGCAAAGGCAGGACGGGGACUGUGAUUGCCUGUUACUUGGCGUGGGUCGGUCUCUUUUCCAAUGCCUUGGAGAGCUUGGAGUAUGUGGCCAAGCAGCGCCAGACGUCGGUGGAGAAGCUCACGAUUCCGUCGCAACGAAGGUACAUCCAGUACUUUAACAAUGUAAUGGACGGCGUGAAACCGAGAUCGUCGCCGUCGCUGCUACGGCGUGUGAUUAUAAACACAAUUCCAGUUUUCGGAGAGCGACGCGUACUGCUGGAGCAGGCAAAAAAGACGCACGUGAAUGAUGAGUCCGAUAUGGUGGGAGUGGAAGGCGAGUCCCUGAUAUCGUCGGCUGGUGCUGGUGCUGCUGGAGACGAGAAAGAUGAUGCAGAGAUGGUUGAAACAGUCGAAAAAGGCUGCUGUCCGUAUUUGCAGAUUUUUAAGGCUGGAAAGCUCGUGUUUACAACGACGUGGCGCGAUAUGGAGGAUGGGCAGGGAGUGCAGUGGGCUAGUACAGCCGACGGUUCCGUUUCAUUUAACGUGAAUUGCAUGCUACAGGGAGACAUUUUGAUUCGUUGUCGCCAUUUGACGGAUACUGGAGAGCGCAUCUCAAUGUUCCGCGGUGCAUUCCACACGGGCUACAUACCGCAAGGCGUGCUGAGAUUGACCAAGGCACAGUUAGACGGUGCUUGCUCUGAUACUCGCUUUGACCAAGACUUUUUUGUCGACUUGAUCUUUGCAGACGUCGACACUGACAGUAAAUCCCCAACGGCAAACACAGAGGGCAGCGAAGCGGUUAUCGCCCCUAAAGCUGAAGGCGUUUCGUUGAAUGAGGACGACCGUCAAGCGUACGAAGGCAUGCUUCAUCGCGACGAGGCUUUUUGGCAGGGUAUCGAAGAUCGCAAGAAACGACUUCAGAAGCAACGUGAGGAGCAACUCAAAAAGAAACAGGCCGAAGCAGAAACCAAAGCUGCUGCUGCCGCUGAGGCUGAAGCAAAGGCUACGGCCGAGGCGGCGAAACAGGAGAGGGAGCAGGCAGCCAAAAAGCAAAACUCUUUCAGCAUCAAUGACAACGACGAGGAUAUUGCUGCUAAGACAAAGAUCGUUCGUAAGGGAAGCUGGGACGAGGAGAAGGACAAAGAGCUCAUGAGCGAGCUCGAGUCCCUAACGUCUGGGGCGUUGGAAAAAGCUACCAAAGUGGUUAGUGGAGUCGAUGUGGAAGAAAAAGCAACAAAUGUGUCAACUAGUGAAAACGAUGACGUUUCAGGUUUGUCGAAGGAUUUGAACGCAAUGGAAUACCUUGAGAAAGAGCUGAGUAUGCAGUCGUUGUCUACUGACGUGGAGAUUGACCCACAGCUGGAGCUGUUGGACGCUGAGUUCAAGAGUCUCGAGGGGCUGUCACCAAAAGCCGAUGACGGAACUGCCGAUGUCCUGAACUUUGAGGCGGAUGAUUUUGAAGAACUCGAAGAGUAUUUGAGCGGCCUUUCGAGCAAGUGA